CUACAUCUCCCUAGAGCUAACAGGGAGCUAGCAGCUGAGAGGGAGGAGGCAGAGUAAAACCGAGGCUGUGUGUCUGUGUGUGCGUGACUGCUGCCUCUCUCAGACUAGCCGGCUCGGCCACUGCUCUACUCCUGUUUCACACUUUUCCCUUUAACCUUGUGCAGCUGCUCAGCUCAGGCCUGCGCAUUUCACUCCAGGGUAAACAGAGGUCAGCGUGGGGGGACAGGAGUAACAACAUUAGGCUUCCUUUCCCCGACUCUCUACUCCAAACACUUGGUAGUAGCUGGCAGCUCCUGGCGGACGUGCAGGCAGGAUGAUAGCGGCUCAGCUUCUGGCCUACUACUUCACUGAGCUGAAAGAUGAUCAGCUCAAAAAGAUCGAUAAGUACCUGUACUCCAUGCGUUUCUCUGACGACACGCUGAAGGACAUCAUGAACCGCUUCCGGAGGGAGAUGGAGAGCGGACUCGAACGGGACACCAACCCCACCGCCUCGAUCAAGAUGCUGCCCACCUUCGUCAGGUCCAUCCCUGAUGGAUCAGAAAAGGGAGACUUCAUUGCUCUGGAUCUUGGGGGCUCAAACUUUCGAAUCCUGCGUGUCAAAGUGACCCAAGACAAGAAGCAACCGGUUCAGAUGGAGAGCCAGGUCUACGAGACCCCAGACGACAUCAUCCAUGGGAGUGGGUCACAGCUCUUCGGCCACGUUGCAGAGUGCCUGGGAGACUUCAUGGAGAAGCAGAAAAUUAAAGAUAAAAAGCUCCCUGUGGGAUUUACGUUCUCCUUUCCAUGCGUCCAAACCAAGCUGGAUGAGGCUGUCUUACUGACGUGGACGAAGAAGUUUAAAGCCAGCGGAGUGGAGGGCAUGGACGUUGUGAAGCUUCUAAACAAGGCCAUUAAGAAACGAGGAGACUACGAAGCAGACAUCAUGGCAGUGGUGAACGACACAGUCGGCACGAUGAUGACGUGUGGAUUUGACGACCAGCGCUGUGAAGUGGGAAUCAUUAUAGGAACGGGAACAAACGCCUGUUACAUGGAGGAGCUGCGCCACAUUGACCUGGUGGAGGGGGACGAAGGCCGGAUGUGCAUCAACACUGAGUGGGGUGCCUUUGGGGACGACGGCUCCCUGGAAGACAUACGCACAGAGUUUGACCGCGAGAUUGACAGAGGCUCCAUCAACCCUGGAAAGCAACUGUUUGAGAAGAUGGCGAGUGGGAUGUACAUGGGCGAGCUGGUUCGACUCAUCCUGGUAAAGAUGGCCAAAGAGGGGCUCCUGUUUGAGGGUCGGAUAACACCGGAGCUCCUGACCAAAGGAAAGAUCGAGACUAAGCACGUCUCUGCCAUCGAGAAGACUAAAGAAGGGCUGAAAAAGUGCAUGGAAGUCCUGACGAGGCUCGGUGUGGAGCCUUCGGACGAAGACUGUCUGGCCGUGCAGCAUGUUUGCACCAUCGUGUCUUUCCGUUCGGCUAAUCUCAUUUCUGCCACUCUGGGAGCCAUCCUCUCCCGCCUAAAGGAAAACAAAGGAGUCGCACGACUCCGCACCACUGUGGGCAUCGAUGGAUCUCUCUACAAGAUGCACCCACAAUAUGCUCGUCGCCUCCAUAAGACUGUGCGGCGUUUGGUUCCAGACUCGGAUGUCCGCUUCCUGUUGUCUGAGAGUGGGAGCGGGAAAGGCGCUGCCAUGGUGACGGCGGUAGCGUACCGGCUAACAGAACAGGCGCGGCAGAUUCAGCAGACGUUGGCAGAAUUCAGGCUGAGCAAAACUCAGCUGUUAGAGGUGAAGAAGAGGAUGAGGAUAGAAAUUGAAAGAGGUCUGAAGAAAGAAUCUCACCAGGAAGCCACGGUCAAAAUGCUGCCUACCUUCGUUCGAAGCACACCAGAUGGAACAGAAAAUGGAGACUUUCUCGCCCUGGACCUUGGAGGGACAAACUUCCGUGUGCUCCUGGUAAAGAUUCGCAGUGGGAAGAGGCGAUCAGUUGAAAUGCAUAACAAAAUUUAUGCCAUUCCCAUAGAAGUUAUGCAGGGCACAGGAGAAGAGCUUUUUGACCACAUCGUUCACUGCAUCUCGGAUUUUCUAGACUACAUGGGGAUGAAAAGCGCUCGGCUGCCUCUCGGAUUCACCUUCUCCUUCCCCUGCCAUCAGACCAGUCUGGAUGCAGGUAUCCUGGUGACCUGGACAAAAGGCUUUAAGGCAACAGACUGUGAGGGAGAAGAUGUAGUGGAGCUUCUCCGGGAUGCGAUCAAGAGGAAAGAGGAGUUUGAGCUGGAUGUGGUUGCCAUAGUGAACGAUACGGUGGGAACGAUGAUGACCUGUGCGUAUGAGGAACCCACCUGUGAGGUGGGACUGAUUGCAGGGACAGGAAGUAACGCCUGCUACAUGGAAGAGAUGAGGAACAUUGAGAUCGUGGAGGGAAACGAAGGCCGGAUGUGUGUCAACAUGGAGUGGGGGGCCUUUGGAGAUAACGGCUGUCUGGAUGACAUCAGGACGAAGUACGACCAGGCAGUGGAUGAGAACUCGCUCAACGAAGGCAAACAAAGAUACGAGAAGAUGUGCAGCGGGAUGUACUUGGGUGAAAUUGUCAGACAGAUUUUAAUCGAUCUGACCAAGCGUGGCUUCCUCUUCCGAGGACAAAUCUCAGAGACGCUGAAGACCAGAGGCAUCUUUGAGACUAAGUUCCUGUCACAGAUAGAGAGCGAUCGUCUGGCGCUGCUGCAGGUCAGGGCCAUCUUGCAGCAGCUGGGGCUCGACAGCACCUGCGAUGACAGUAUUAUCGUUAAGGAGGUGUGCGGCACGGUGUCCCGCCGCGCCGCUCAGAUCUGCGGAGCCGGUAUGGCUGCUGUGGUGGACAAGAUCCGUGAGAACAGAGGACUGGACCACCUGGACAUCACAGUGGCCGUGGAUGGGACGCUCUACAAGCUGCACCCACACUUCUCUCCAAUCUUCCAACAGACAGUGAAAGAACUGGCCCCCAAAUGUGACGUGAAUUUCACGCUGUCUGAGGACGGCAGCGGUAAAGGAGCUGCCCUCAUCACCGCUGUGGGCUGCCGCCAGAGGGAGCUGGACGCCCAGCAGCAGUGAGGAGCCCUGUCCUGUUCACCCACCUGCUGCUCCACCUUCACCCGCUGAACCCAUCGCCCCCUCGGUAGCCGUGACUCCACCUCUGCUCCACCUGGUCCACCUACAGCCAGAGAGACGUGCUGCCUGCACAAAGUCCACACUGAAGAUGCAAAUAUUUAUUUAUACUGUCAGAGGCUUUAUUAUUUCCAUGUUUGUACAUUUUCCUCAAUAGCUUGUCAAUAAUCUGAUAAACCUAAACUCCAUACCUGUGCAAUAUUUGUGUAUUGCUAAUUUUAUUUUUAUAUGGAGGCAAAUAUAUAACUGUAUUUAUAUAGCUGAGGCCACUUUGAACCCCAGAGGUCAUUAGAGUUUUGCACCAUAGAUGCAAAUAAAUCUGCACUUUUUCUAUGAAAGCUACAACAGCAGCAUUUCAAUGUCAUUCCCAAAUGAAGGAUGUCUCCUCUGCGACGUAUGAAGCAGAAAACCAGCGCCAAAAGGGCUCACAGCAAAGGGUCGAAUGCGAGAGUCACGGCUGUUCAGUUCCUCGUCAUUUGAUGUGCAACAGGCUUCCAUCAUGUGCUAAGCUACUAACCCAUGUUUGUGUAACUGUCAGUGUUACUCACAUAUUCAGAUAACUCUGCAGCGCCACACACCCACCGUAGAAAAAGGACAGUAAUUAUUGUGGAUUGUUAAACUUUUUGGUGUUGUGAUGAAUCCCACUUUUAUUCAUUGUAUGUGCAACAAAUAAAUGUUUAUGGGGCCCCAGGAAAGGAGUGAAAACA